GUGCCCGAGAAAAAUGACAUUUUUCGACUUUAUGAUCGGACUUCCCUCCGGAAUGGUGUGAUAGAUAAAAGAGCCGAAGUGACUCCGCCGCUCGCCUUGCUGUGUUGGGUUCCCACCCGGCCGGGAUGGUCCCCUGACUCGGGCGGCGGACUGAGCCGUGUGCCGAGGCGCUGCUGCUGGAGGGGAGGCAGAGCACUCUGAGCAGCAGGCGGCUCUCCCGGACUUCCUCUCGGGGAACCAUGUGGAGCCAGGGCUCGGCGGCGCUGCAGCUCCUGGCCAAAGUGGCAAAGCACGCCGCGGGUCGGGGACACAUCCAGCUGAGCCGCUGGCUGCAGAGGGCGGCCCCGACCCCGGAGCCGGUGGCCGACUGCGACAAGAUGUCCGACGUGCUCAUAUGCAGCGCCGCGCCGGGGAAGCCGGAGGGCGAGCUGGAGGGCGAGGCGUGCGGGGACGCGCCGGCCUCCUCCGCGGUCUCCUUCCUGGGCGACGCCAGGCACCCGUGCUGCGUGGCCACCUGUUGCUUCAAAAGCGCCGUGCUGCUGUGCAUCCUGAGCGCCGUGUGCUUCUCCUCCGUGGCCUUCGUGCGCCAGUACCUGAAGGACCUGCUCGUGUGGGUAGAGGGUCUGGACAGCGUGGCGGGCGCGCUGCUCUUCAUCGUGGGCCUCAUCGCCGUCUCCUUCCCCUGCGGCUGGGGCUACAUCGUGCUGAACGUGGCCGCCGGCUACCUGUACGGCUUCGUGUUCGGCAUGGGGCUCGUGAUGGUGGGCGUGCUCAUCGGCACCUUCAUCGCGCACGUGGUGUGCAAGUGGCUGCUCACCGACUGGGUUCUCACGAGGGUGGGCAGCAGCGAGCAGCUGAGCGCCGUCAUCCGGGUGGUGGAGGGCGGCAGCGGACUCAAAAUCGUGGCCUUAGCGAGACUCACACCCAUCCCGUUCGGGCUGCAGAACGCCGUGUUUUCGAUCACAGAUGUGUCCUUGCCAAAUUACCUAGUGGCUUCCUCCGUCGGCCUGCUUCCAACGCAGCUCCUGAACUCGUACCUUGGGACCACGCUCAGAACGAUGGAGGACGUCAUCGCAGAGCAGAGUGUCAGCGGCUACUUUGUGUUCAGCCUACAGAUCGUCAUCAGCAUCGGCCUGAUGUUCUACGUCGUCCACCGAGCUCAAGUGGAGCUCAAUGCCGCUAUUGCAGCCUGUCAGAUGGAGCUCAAGACGUCCUACAUGAAUGGUAGCACGUCAAGCCACGGCAGCUCCAUGUACUGCAGCAAGCGGACAGUGGCGGGAAGCGGGAUCAACGUGGUUUAGACCCAGCAUGCCAAAAAAAAAAAAAAACCUUGCAUUGCAGAUCUCGCCCACACACUGUUCUGAACUUAAUGCCAAGAGUAAAGACACACCGAACGGAUGAAUGUCGGACAGUGUGGUUGAGCCAAUGGGUGAAUGCAUUUGCAGUUCUUUCAGCACAUGGCAGGGGGUUGGGCUGCGCUAUUUAUAAUUCAUGACACACCCACUGAGCAAAAGUUGGCAAUCAGGUAAGUCAUUUAAGUUCAGGUGGCCCCAAGCAGUAAUGUUGGCACUUUGGGGAGCAUGUGCAGCUAACUACACAUUAGUCAAUGUUUAACAUGGUUUUAUGGUACAUUUAAUGUGGGUUUUUAUUGGUGUGCAUUUUUUUUUUUGUUAAUGUAUGAGUUUCCAAUUUUCUCAAUCUUAGCUCACAGUGGUUUUACAGGGUGAAUUUGAUGGUUACCAACAUGCCUGGUGCUGGAAUGAUUCUUUAACCCCCACAAUGUCAGCAACUUUUAGUUCUAACAGACUGCAUAAGAAGUAAGCAUAAUUGAAAGGGUGUUUGUUUCUCUUUAGGUAACAAUUGUUUUGCCAAGUGAUGGUUCAUAUCAUGAAUGCGGUACAGUCAGCAGCACAACAGGUUUUCCCUCCAUGAUGAUGUCUCCUAGAAACAUGCUCACCUGUAGCUUGUUCAGCAGCUUGGAAGAAACCAGAAUAUGAAAAUACCAAGUGGAGAAUUUAGAGUGUAUUGUAGACAACCUGGAGUUCAGCAUGUUUAAUUUUUAACACAAGGGAGAUCAUUUUUAAACUGUUAAAGCAUAUAUCCACAUAUAGUAACCUGUUUGUUUUUAAUUUGACUUGUGUGGGUUUUUUCUUUUUUUAAAUGUUUUUUUUUUUUUUCCUUUGGGGCCUACAUACAGAUAUUUUUCAGAGUUAUUUAGACUUUCAGCAUUAAUUAGGUCAAGUGCAGUAGUCCAAAAACUGAGUGAAAGAUGUUUGCUUCACAUGCACACUGCUGGGACAGACUGCAUUGUGACGACGUGUUAGGAUCCAUCUUUUACAGUGAUUCCAUACCACGCACCAUGGACACCAAGGGGAAAUAGGGGAUGGAGGGUGCAAUACUUUGUGCCAAAUGCAUAUCAAUUACUCUUAAGAUUUUUGUUCCGAUUAACUUAACCACGGUACAUUUUGGUUGUCCGCAUCUGUGGUGCGGUCAUGAAUAGUUUGAACACAUAUUUACUGCUUAUGUAAAGAAGCUGCUUGUAGAAACCAAUGCUAGCUGAGACUUGCUUUUGACUGAAGUCCGUGUGUAGAGUGGAUGUUUGCUUUUAUUACGUGCUUUUUCUAUUCAUGGUGAACUGACCUUUAGAUACCUGAUUACAUGCUAUCAUGGGGCACUUACAAGUAUCCCAAAAGUGGAAGAUUUAAACAAUAUUAAGUCCUCUGACAGUAUUUGUCAACACCAAAACCUCCACUGAUCGGUUGUUGUGCAAUGUUUAUGAAGAGAAUAUCAAGUUUUAAUUUUAAAGAGUGAGGUUUGGAACACAAGCCCAGCAUUUAAUGCUUAUUUCUGAAUAUGUUUCAGUGCACAAUGGAUUGUUGUUUAUCAUACAACAUCAGAACCUGUGUGUUUUAAAUGUAGCAAUAAUUUUUGAGUAAAUGGAGCUUAAAACACAUGGAUAUUUAUGCAUCUAACAUUCCCCAGCUUGUUCUAUAUUAUUGUCCUGCCUUUAACCUCAAGCUGCCUAUGAAAUGUUGGGAGUAUGUGUGGAAAAGCCACGUGGAACUUAAGGACUGGUGUAGAAAAUAGUUACAUUUUAAUAAUACAAAAUGAGGGCAUUUCCAAGCCCUAACAAGUCUCAUGCAAAAAAUGUAUUUAAGGAUGGACCAUACAAUUUUGUUGCUUUAAAAACAUACACAUUAAAGCAGGAGAUCUGCAAACUGCAGAUUUCAUCAAAGCCCUUGUGCUCUGUUUAAAGGCUCUACUUACCAUAGAUAUAGUUAUGCAAAGGUGGAAUUCUGUUUUAAUUUUUCAAAAAUUGGGUGUCCUUCACAGAUUCUGAUUGGCACUCGACACUCAAAAUGACACAUCUGAGCAUGGAUACCAGAUUAGUAAUGUACACUAUGCGUAAUCAGGAUCUGUGAAACACCAGCUGGAAAAAGUGCAUUAUAUAUGCUGUAUUUUGUAAUACAGAAGUUUACAGUGUGUAAAUGAAUAUUUAUCGCUGUAAGACGCUUGUUCAGUGUUAUUUAUGAAAUGUCUUAAAUGUUUAAUUCUGGGAUGCAAAAUCAGUAGAAUAAAGAUUCGGAAAUUAA